UCUGAGCCCGGAAGAGCGGGUUACAGGCGCUGCUCUCCCCCUUGCCAGCGCAGCUCCUCCGCCGCGCCCGCUCGCCGUCCGCUCCCGAGCCCACCGGCCAGGUUCGUGGCGGGGAAGAUGUGUGACCAGACUUUUCUAGUGAACGUGUUUGGCUCCUGUGACAAAUGCUUCAAGCAGAGAGCUCUGAGGCCAGUUUUCAAGAAAUCCCAACAACUCAACUACUGCUCCAUAUGUGCGGAAAUUAUGGCCACGGACGGGUUGCACGAGAGCGAGACGCUGGCGGCGCUGCGCAGCGAGGCUGAGGGCCUGAAGGGCAAGCUGGAGGAGGAGCGCGCUAAGCUGCAUGACGUGGAGCUGCACCAGGUGGCAGAGCGCGUGGAGGCCCUGGGCCAGUUCGUCAUGAAGACCAGGCGAACCCUCAAAGGCCACGGAAACAAGGUGCUGUGCAUGGACUGGUGCCGGGACAAGCGGCGGAUCGUGAGCUCCUCCCAGGACGGGAAGGUGAUCGUGUGGGAUUCCUUCACCACCAACAAGGAGCACGCGGUGACUAUGCCCUGCACCUGGGUAAUGGCCUGCGCCUACGCCCCAUCGGGAUGCGCCAUCGCCUGCGGGGGCCUGGAUAACAAGUGCUCCGUGUACCCGCUGACCUUCGACAAGAACGAGAACAUGGCAGCCAAGAAGAGGUCGGUGGCCAUGCACACCAACUACCUGUCGGCCUGCAGCUUCACCAAUUCCGACAUGCAGAUCCUGACGGCCAGUGGCGACGGGACGUGCGCACUGUGGGACGUGGAGAGCGGACAGCUGCUGCAGAGCUUCCACGGGCACGGGGCCGACGUGCUGUGCCUGGACCUGGCGCCCUCGGAGACCGGGAAUACCUUCGUGUCCGGGGGCUGUGACAAAAAGGCCAUGGUGUGGGACAUGCGCUCUGGCCAGUGCGUGCAGGCCUUCGAGACCCAUGAGUCGGACAUCAACAGCGUCCGGUACUACCCCAGCGGGGACGCCUUCGCCUCGGGUUCCGACGAUGCCACGUGCCGCCUCUAUGACCUCCGGGCGGACAGGGAGGUGGCCAUCUACUCGAAGGAGAGCAUCAUCUUCGGCGCGUCCAGCGUGGACUUCUCCCUCAGCGGCCGCCUGCUGUUUGCUGGCUACAAUGACUACACCAUCAAUGUGUGGGAUGUGCUCAAGGGCGCGCGUGCCUCCAUCCUGUUUGGACAUGAGAACCGCGUGAGCACGCUGCGCGUGUCCCCCGACGGCACCGCCUUCUGCUCGGGGUCCUGGGACCACACCCUCCGGGUCUGGGCUUAGUCCUCACUCGAGAUGCAGUGGAGGCCAUGGAAGGCGACAGACCCUCAGGAUGCUGCUCGCUGCUCGGCUCCUCAAAGUUCAGUGAGGAUGCUUCCGGGCCGCCACCCCAAGUGACACACAUGUGGCCUCGCACCACGCCCACACCUGUAUUGCAGUAUUGUUCACUUCGAACAUGUUAAGUGUGUCGCUUUUUCAGGUUGUCCUGAAUUUACUAGGUUAUUUAUUAGUCUCGAGUCACUGUGACCCAGAACCCGGCACUGACAGCGCUCUGCGCUGCAUCUCAGCGAGCGGUCGAGAGAGGAGGAGACUCCAUUCCAGAUGUGAUCAGGCAGCAUCGCUUUUAAAAACGUGUUUUGCUGUGAAAGUUGUUUUCAGCUAGCUGCUCCAUUGUCUUCUCCUUGGUGAAACAUUUCCGCCUGUGUGCACAGCUACAGAUGGAGCAGACAGGGUAGAAAGCACAGGGCCCGGCCUGAGUAAUGUGCAGCUGCAACACAGCCUGGUGUCACACCGGCAAAGCUGGCCACUGUUUGUGACACACGUGCUGCUGACAGCAAUCUCAACUUCAGAACCCACUAGAGCAGGAGGCGUGCGGCACACCUGUGAUCCCAGCACUUGGGAGGCUGAGGCAAGAGGGUCACAAGUUGGAGGCCAGCCUGGGCGACAUAGUUGACCCUGUGUCUCAAAAUCAAAACAAUAAUUAAAAUACAUAAAUGCUGACGAGCAGUAUUAGUACAAACAAGCCCAAGCGGCUCUUGUCUGCAUCGGUCACAUGUGCGUACCAAGUGCUGCGUGACCCGGUAGACGGUUGGCAGGGGUCUCAGACAGUCAUGUCCUCGUUGCUGUCCUGAGAGAAGAAAACAGUAUCAAGACAGCAUUCUGUCCUUGUUUAAAAUUCAGAGUCCCUUCAAGGAGACGUCAGGCGCUAUGUGUUACAGGAGCCCUUGGCUCCUCUCCUCCCUUCCUGGGGGUGCAGAGGGUUGAGUGGGCUCCUGGGGCUGGGUUUGCUGACGGACCCCGGCUUUGGAUUACGGCAUGGGUGCUGCAGGGGAGCUCUGGAAUAAAGUGUAUUUUGCAUACUGAAAA